AUGGCUUUGAUCGGAGAGGCUCUUAUCUCUGCUUCCGUCCAGGUGUUGUGCGACAGAAUUACUUCACCCGAGUUCGUUGACUUAUUUCGGCACAAGAAACUCGAUGAGCCACUCCUCAUGAAGCUGAAGACGACACUAUUGACCUUAUACGCAGUUCUCGAUGACGCAGAGGAGAAGCAAAUUCAGAAACCUGCUGUGAGGGAUUGGCUCGACGAGCUCAAACAUGCUGUCUUUGAUGCAGAAGACUUACUGGAUGAGAUCGACACGGAAGCUUUACGAUGCAAGUUCGAAGGUGAAGAUCAAACUGGGAAAUUUACCAACAAGGUGCGGAACUUGCUCUUUUCUUCUCGUAAUCAUUUUUAUCAGAGCAUGAAUGAUAAGAUACAAGAGUUACUAGCAAGGUUAGAAAACUUUGUACAACUGAAAAGUGCUCUUGGUCUGGGAGAAGUUGUUGGGAGGAAGGUUUCUCAAAGAACUCAAACAACCUCCUUGGUUCUUGAACCUUAUGUAUAUGGUAGAGAUGAAGUCAAAGAAAAGUUAUCGAAAGUGUUGCUAUCUGAUGAUGCAGGAAAGGAUGCUGUGUCUUUCCUCACCAUUGUUGGAAUGGGUGGGGUUGGCAAGACAACCCUUGCUCGAAUGCUUUACAAUGACGAUAAGGUGAAAGGGAAUUUUACACUUAAAGCUUGGGCUUGUGUUCCAUACUGCGAUGAUUAUAUUAAAAUUACUAAAACUCUCCUUGAGGCAGUCACUUCAAAGCCUUGUAACACGGCAAAUCUGAAUUUGCUUCAAGAAGAUCUAAGAGAGCAACUGAGGGGAAGGAAAUUUUUAUUUGUGUUGGAUGACCUAUGGAAUGAGAAUAAUGAGGAUUUGAACUACCUUAGAGCCCUUUUUAUUACUUUAGGAACAAGGGGAAGUAAAGUCAUUAUAACAACACGGAACAAAAAUGUAGCAUAUGUCAUGCAAAAUGUUCAUAUUCAAUACUUAGAACCAUUGUCGCAAGAGGACUGCUGGUUAUUACUUGCAAAACAUGCAUUUGGAAAUGAAAAGUGUAGUGCACAUUCAAACUUGGAAGACAUUGGAAAGCAAAUUGCACUCAAGUGCAAAGGGUUGCCUUUAGCUGCACAAACACUUGGGGGUUUGUUACAUUGCAAUAUAGAUUUCGAGUACUGGAAUAGAAUACUAAAUGACGGUUUUUGGGACCAACCAUAUGAUACAACUAACAUUCUUCCGGCUCUAGGGUUGAGUUACCAUUAUCUUCCUACUCAGUUGAAACGAUGCUUUACUUAUUGUUCAAUUUUUCCAAAGGAUUAUGAGAUUGAAAAGGAAGAUAUAGUUCAAUUCUGGAUUGCAGAAGGUAUAAUUCCAAAAGCUGAGAAUGGAAAAAGGAUGGAAGCAUUGGCUAGAAGAUACUUUGAUGAGCUGUUAUCACGAUCGUUGUUUCAAAAGUCAAGGAAAUUCAGCUUCAUUAUGCAUGAUCUCAUUAAUGACUUGGCUAUGUUCAUGUCUCAGGGGUUUUGCCUUAGGCUCGAAGUUGGGGCAUCUUGUGAAGUUAAAAGAGCUCGUCAUUUGUCAUAUGCUAGGGGAAGAUUUGACGCUGCUCCAAGAUUUGAACCAUUAUAUGAGGCUAAAUGUUUGCGGACCUUCCUACCUACCUCUUUAAAUCCAUACAUAUAUUGGAGAAAACAAUUUGUAAGUAAAAAAGUUUUGCAAGAUUUGUUGCCAUCAUUAAGAUGUUUACGGGUGUUAUCAUUGUCACAUUAUCAAAAUGUCACUGAGUUACCUGAUUCUAUUGCAAACCUUAUUCACUUGCGCUACUUGGAUAUUUCCCAUACCGCAAUUGAAAGGUUACCUGGGGCACUUUGCAAUCUCUACAACUUGCAGACAUUACUAUUGUCAAAUUGUUCCUCACUCCUUGAAUUUCCUGCAGACAUUAGAAAAUUGAUUAAUUUACAGAAAUUGGCGUUGGGAGGUUGUAGUUCUCUAAAUAAAUUGCCUGCAGGCAUGCAGGAGUUGGCUAAUUUGCAUCAUCUUGAUGUCAGUGGAACUAAAAUUGAAGAGAUGCCGGUGCAAAUGG